GAGCCAGCGAGACCACUCCUGCUUAUGAGAAUGGUGGUGAGACUACUCCUGCUGAACAAGGCGCCAGCGAGACCACCACCGCCUAUGAAGGUGAAUCUUCUUCUGUGGAAGGUGCUAGUGAGACCACUCCCGCGUACGAAGGUGGAGGCGAGACUACACCCGCCGAGCAAGGAGCUAGUGAGACCACUCCCGCGUACGAAGGUGGAGGUGAGACUUCUGUUGAAGGCGCAAACGAGACCACUCCCGCGUACGAAGAGACCACGCCCGCCGAACAAGGAGCUAGCGAGACCACGCCCGCAUAUGAAGGUGGAGGAGAAACCACCCCCGCUGAACAAGGCGCGAGCGAGACUACCACUGCCGCAUACGAAGGAGCCACAUCCGUUGAAGGUGCCAACGAGACCACCCCCGCUUACGAAGGCGAGACUUCAAGUGUAGAAGGUGCAGGUGAACAACCUACCGCUACCUACGAACAACCCGCGGCAACCGAGACGAGCGCAGCGUAUGAAGGUGGAGGAGAGACUUCGACCGUUGAAGGUGCGGGUGAACAGACGUCUGCGGUUUAUGAGCAGCCACCUACUCCCACCGAGACACAAGCUGCUGCUGACUGCUCUGCGACCUCUCCCCCGAGUGUGGAGCAGAUGCAAUCGUAUAUGGCUUCGUAUGAUCAGGGACAGUUGUCGGCUAUCUACAGCUACGUUCAAAACGCCAUGAACGCUUAUGGUGCUGGACCUGAUAUGCAUCUUGUUGAAUAG